AUGCGAGGGCUUGACGGGUAUGAGGUGCCGACCGCCGAACAGUCCAAAGUUUCCCGGCUGAAGGAUCGCAUGGCCGUGGCGGCCAACACCGCCGUGGCCAAGCGCCUGGGGUCAGCACGCUUUAUGCAGCAACAGCCCCAACGACCGUGGCGCCGGCAGCACGGGGCCGGCAAAUUGGGCCUACGCGCGAUCGGCCGGUCGCAUGUGCACCCACACACGGGUGAGCGGACGUCCCUGUCCGGCCGCUCGCUGUCGUCCCAGGCACGCAUCGAGGCCGACCGCCGGCAGGGCCUGUGCACCGAUGACAGCGACCUGGACGAUUGGUUUGCCAGCGACACGGACAACGAUGCGCCGGGGCUGCCUGCGCCAUUGCCGGGCCAGGCCCCGGUGGCGGGCCGCGGCUCGGGUGAGGGCCCCCCCCGACGCGUGGCCUUCGCCCCGGCCAUCAGCUACAUGGGGUCCAAUGAGAGCCAGCUCCUGGCCGACGCGGAAGACGCGGUCCGGCUCCGGGCCCCGGGGCCCGGACUGGCCUUGGGCCCGCGGUCCCCGCCGGCCAUGCGCGACAGUCUCUGGCAGCCGCUCUCGCUCAUGGGCCAGUAUGGGCAGUCGCGCCUGGAGGCCGGCGACUUGGCCGGCCCCCCGGCCGCCGGCCUGGCCCCCGACCCGGCCACCGGUCGCCCGGCUGGAGGCUUCCGCCUGCGACGCCCGCAUAGCUUGAACACCGUCGGCCCGGACGUCGGCCAGGCAGGCGCCUUCCUCGGGGCGGCCACAUUGUCGGCCGGCCCGGGAGCCGGGCCGGCCAUUCGCUUCCGCAUUGUCUCCCCCGAUGGGCGCCUGGCCGCAAGGUAUCGCGAUGUCGACGCCCUUGCCACCGGGGUCCUGGCCGGGGACGAGCCUCCAGGCACGGUCGCCGGCCAGGAGGACACCCUGCGCACCCGGCGCGAGCUCGUCACCCCGCUCGGCAUCACCAUCGACGAUGCCACCGACACGCCUGACGGGGUGGUGGUCGUGCCUGUGGGCCCGGCCGCCCCGGCCAGCCUGGACGGUGCCUCCGUCGCGGCUCCGCCCCCGCUCCAGGGCGACACCUCGUCGGUCUUUGCCACGCCUCAGGCCGGGGCCAUGUUGGCCGACCGCUUCCUGCGCUUUGAGGGUCUCUCGCGGCCGCGCCCCCGGAAACUCCUCAACUCGGCCUCCACCACGACCCUCAUGGCGCCCGAGGUGGGCAGUCGCCUGCAGCGCCCGGCCACCCGGUACCGGGUUGCCAAGCCGGUCGUGCCCCCCCUGGCCGGGGUGCCGCCCCCCGCCGGCCAGGCCGACGACCUGGCCCGGAGUAGCUCCUUCGAGGAUUUCUUCCCCCUCAUGGACUUGGCGGAGGACGGGGAGGAUGGCCGGCCGGCGGGCCGGUCGCGUCGGGGUCGCCUGCGCGGCUGGGCCCGACGCACGGGCCAGCGCCUGGGCAUGCUGGUGCCGGGCCGGUCGCGUGGCUGGCGCUCGGCCCCCGGCGCCAGCACCGGCAACACCCCGGGCGUCCAUCCGGCCAACAUGGCACCCCGGCGGCCUGGCCGGGUCCGCGGCUUUCGCCGCCGGGCCGGGCGUCUAUUUGGCUUCCUGCGAAAGAAGCCCACCCGCCACCGGCCACCGGUGACGCGCCCCCUGGCCGCCAGUGGCCAUUGGUCCGUGUCGGCGGCCCGGCGAAAGGGCCACCGCGGGUACCAGCGCUCGCGAGCCCGCUGGCGCGCGCGUCGCGGUCCGCCCCUGGCGCCGGACGCCGGGUCCACACCCGCCGGCACGGAUCCCGGGGCGCGCGACGCCACCGGUGUCGGCAUCGCCGCCGGGACCGCCGCCGCCCCCCCCGCCGCGGGCCCGAGCGCCGUGGCGGCCGCGCCUGCCGCCCCAAUGGUCCGGCGCCAAAGUGUCUUCCACACGUAUGAUGCCCCGCAGUCGCCCCGCCUGGCACCCUACCAGACGGUCACCCCGUCGGCCCUGGCAGCCGACGCCGCUGCCCGAUCGGCCAUCGACACAAGCCACCCCCCUUCCGACAUCGGGUCCGGCCUGGCCACCCCCAUCCUGCGCCGGGACUCGGCCGACCGCAAGCUCGCGGCUCAGAUGGACGGCGGCAGCCGGUCGGCCUGCCUGACCCGGCGGGCCUUCGAGCGCGCCGCCUCCACCACCCGGCUAACGGCUCUCAUUUGCAAUCCCCAAAGUGCCCGUAUCACCUACGCCCUGGCGGCUCGGUGGGCCAACUUCAUCCUGCGCCAGUGCCCGCGCUGUAGUGGCGACUGCCCGGCCGGCGGCAUGGCCGCCCUCCAAACCGGCAGCACCUGCCACUACGACCUGGGGAUUUCCACAGCCCGCGGGGCCCGGAUCGCAGGCGACCUAGCCCAGCAGCGGACACGCUCGCUGGUGGUCAUCUACGAAUGUGAGACUAUCGGCAAAGCCCCCCUGCUACGGCCGCUGGCCCAUCUUCUGGACACCAUCGAAGCUUUGGGCAAGCUGGAGGAGGCUCAGCGGGAGCCCAGCCUGGCAGGAGGGCCGGCGCACGCGGCCCGGCGGUAUAGCGCCCGGCUGGUCGUGUGCGCUCGACGCCUGCCAGGGCGCAUCUGCCUGAUCGGCGAUCCGCACGGAGCCGGCGGGUAUGCCACCUGGUUUCACAUCUUCGGCCAGCGCUACGACGGCCGGGGCCGGCGCACAUCCUCCCGCGGCGCCGACAACGGCCAGGCCCCCCAUUCCAAUGGCGGGUCCAAUGGCGCAAACAAUGCCCCUGAGAGCCCGAAACGCCGGAAGCGCCGAAGCCCGAGCCAUUCCCCCCGCCCCGGGUCUCCGGUCCUGGUGGCCACCCAGCCAUCGCCUUUUGCCAUGUUGUCUCCCGAGCGCCCGGCCGAUUGGCGGUCCUUGGUGUAUUCCGGCCGCGAGGGCCUGGCCAGCAGCCUGGCCCCGCCCGACGGAGCCGACACCCUUGCCGGGCCUGGCCAGCGUGAGCCGACCUCCCAAACCGGCCCGACACGCCAGGUGGCCCCUGCCGGGCCCCACUCGGCUUUGGCACACCUGCUCUCGCCGCCGGCUUUGACCCCGGCGGUGCUGCUUUCGCCCCACGGCCCGGCCGAGAUGGCGGCCGCCUCGCUCUUCCCCGGGGCAUGGCCCGCCGGCCGGCGACAGCCCACGGCGGCCGUGGCCGUUGUGCCGCCCCCGGCAGCACCGCCGCCUGCCGCCCUGACCCCGGGCCUGCCGCCCCUUCGCAGCCAAGCCCCCAACUGGUACUUGGACAUGGCGCACGGGGCGCUGGCCCGGGGGACCGCCAACAUCCUGGACCCCUUUCCCGAUGAGGCCCUCCGGUCGCCGGUGCCCAAUCCCCGGCCCAUGCCCGCCGAGGCCCUGGACCGCCAGCAACUGUUCCCCCUGUGCCGGGACCUGGUCAGCCUGCGCUCCGGCACCAUCACCGAGGAGACCAUCCUCGACUUCCUGGCGCCACAUGACGGCACCAGGCUUGGUGGCACGGAGAACGGGGGCAUCCUCGGCGCCGGGGCCCCCUUCGCCACGGCGCCCGCGCCCGACACGACGUCCUACUUCGUGGCUAAUCGCCCGCUGGCCGGGCAAUUCCGGCCCGCCGGUCGGGCGGUCGGCAUCGCCUUCCAACGGGGGCCUCGCCGCCCGAGCCAGGCCACCCGGCUGGACAUCUGUGUGGCAGUGGUCACCGCCGCCCCGGAGCCCCAGGACCAAAUGGCCGCCCUGGACGAGGAGCUCUUCGGCCGGCGGAUCCUGUAUGCCCUGCAGACGUGCGGCUUCCCGCCCUCCUGUGUCCAUGCACUCAGUAUUCCCGCGCCCUCGGCCACAUGGAAGACCAUGGCUCCUGCCCCGGCGGUUGCCGCGGCCACCGCCGCCACGGCGGUCUUCAUGGCCGACGGUCGAGACUAGCCGG